GUUAUCUGUGGCAGUGCCGGCCCCUCAUCCCUCUGAGUGGGUUUCUGAGGAAUGCUGGAACAGGAUGGAGGAGUUCCAAAGGGGGAGUGACGAGAUAGAGACAGACUGACACUGGGAGAGAGAGAGAGAGAGAGAGAAAGAGAGAGAGAGAGACAGAGAGAGAGAGUCUAUAUAUACAUCCCGAUGAGGCUGGUGCGCACAGGCACAGCUGGACUACUGGAUAACUGGACUGCAGCCCGCUGGAUAUUUAGCUACAAAGGCACCAGCAAAGCCUCUGGCAGGGGAAAACACAUUUAGUUAGUUAGUCUGAAAUAAAUAAUACAAAGAUGAACAGUGUGGCAGAUUGGCUCGUGCAGAACAGGGACAAGAUCGAGAAAGGUGUGGAGAUCAUGGGGCAAGCCUCCGAGGUGCUCGCUGCCACAGUGGGCCAGCUACACCCUGUCUUGGAGGCUGUGUUCAUGGCUUCAGCCGAAAUACUCAGCAACCCGGACAGCAAAGAGGCUCGCUACCUGACUCAGCAGUUCGAACUGGUCAACCAGAAACUCGAGGGAAUCCAAGAUGAGAUUGAUCAAAUUGCUCGGGAGCUGCAGAGGACAUCAAUGAACAAGCAGAACUUUGAUCGAGAGGCACAGAUGCUGAGCCAGUAUGAAAAGUUCCAGGACUUUGUCAACGCCAAGCCAAAGUUCAAAGAGAAGAAGAUGGAGAAGUUCAUUAGCCAUUACGAGAACACCGAUGCUGAUUUGAACUUGGAUGCACUCUACAAUGCUGUCACUGGGGAGAACACCUCAGGAGAUCCAAUGCUGGAAACGGUAUUGGCCACAGAGCAGAGAAGCAGAAGGGCAGUUGAGGAUUUCUGUGCCCGGCUGAAGAAGCUCUUUGUGGUGGGCAUUAUUGCCGUCAUGGGCCAUUCCGCCCUCAAGGAAGGAGUGGUGGGGGAAGAGAUGGUGAAGAAGUGGCAGGGGCGGAUGGAGGAUGUAGAGAAUCGAAUGAAAGCAGCUGUGGAUGACUGUACAGAGAACUUCGCCGAUCAAGCCAAGUUAGACUUGGAGCACCUGCUUCAGGAGAAUCCCGGCACUGUCGACCGCGAGUUCACCAAAUCCCUUCUGGAUUCGCUCGUUAAGAAAUACGACUGGGUGAACUGGUCCAUCAGGGCCUUCGGCAACAGGGAGCGCAUUUUCUUUUUCAACUGGCUGGCCGGGAAGAAGUGCCACGGAAGUGGAGGAGCCAAUUGGUUUGACAUUUUGACCAAGAGCAAGAUCAAAGUGGUGGUCUCUUUCUGUGUUGACCCCAAGCCCAUUAACAAGAGUCAGAUCCAGGAGCAGAUUGAGAGUCAGAAGAUGAAGGGGGAUAUGAUGGCAGUGGCUCUGGCUUUGAAUAAGAGCUUCCCCAACUGCCUGGUCCAUGCUGUCAGCCAUUACAAGGAGGUGGUGGAGACCAACAACUUCCAUGAGGAUUGUUACUACUAUGGAAAACACAAAAGAGCCUACCUGUGCAUCCACCCCGAGUAGGCUCACAGAAAAGGUGCAGCCACAUGCAUCCGCAAGAAAUGAGCUACACAUAAAUUCAUGAAUGUCUUUACCAGAGAAAUUGUUUUUCAUUAAAUAUAGAAAUAUACUCAUGAAUAGUGUCUGUAUAAAUACAUAAUCUGCUCUUUGAGAGCUCUGGUAUGUGAUAUAUUGUCUUACUUGUAAUGAUUUUUAUUCUUUGACGUAUAUAUCUUUCAUCUCUUGAUGAUACAGCACCUUCAGGGUGUUUUUUCACAGUCGUUCAUCUUCAUGCCAGCUUUGACUUAAUGUUAUGAAAUUUAUAAUGAUUCUGUCCUCAUUGGAUUGUUAUUAGGAUUGGGCAAUAUGAGGAUGUUAGUCUGUUAUAGCAGCCAGAGACUUUACCAUACCAAGGCACCCUUCCCCUUUAAUUCCCUUUGGACCAUUGUGGGCAGUGUGGUAAAUCAAAUUUGUUUUGCAUUAAGUCAAUUUGACGCAGCACCCUAAUUUGUCAGUUUGGGUUAUUGUGAGUUUUAUAGUUCAUCAUUGGCCUUUGAAAGUUUUGUCAGCUGUUGAUUCUGAUAUCAAACAUAAACUAUCAAGUUCAACAUUUAAAAGAACAUUUAGACAUUUUGGGAAAAAUAAUAACUUACUCGCUUCCUUGCCAAAAGUAAGAUAAGAAAAUCGAUACCACUCUCGGCUCUAUCCAUAAAGUUUGAGGCUACAGCCAGGAGACAAUUAGCUCAACUUAAACGUAACUUGAAACGGGAAGUGUAAAAACAUAAAUUUGUAGGUUAUGCACCGGACUUUUUCUGGGUGGGGAACAGUGACUUCCUGGACUGUAAAACCGCAAAGUACCCUUAGCGUUAUAUGACAAACAAGGUAUAACUUGCUAAUUAUUUGGAUUUUAUUACCUUUGGACAGAGCCAGGCUAGCUGCUUUCUGACUUAUGCUAAGCUAGGCCUACUGUCUCCUGGGAGCUUCAUGUUUAG